AUUUGUAAAAGCCUCUAAUCUAUACCGAGGGUUUACUGGUGAGUAGUGGAAUAUGUGAGAUCGGAGAUUUUGAGAGUUUCAGAGAAAGUGGAAGAGAGGUGAAAGAUGAUAAAGGCAGUGAUGAUGAUGAACACACAAGGCAAACCACGACUAGCUAAAUUCUACGAUUACAUGCCUGUAGAGAAGCAGCAGGAGCUGAUCCGCGGCGUGUUUUCAGUAUUGAGCAGUAGACCUGAGAAUGUAAGCAAUUUUCUGGAGAUCGAUUCAUUGUUUGGCGUGGACUCUCGGCUUGUGUACAAGCACUAUGCUACACUCUAUUUUGUUCUUGUAUUUGAUGGUUCAGAGAAUGAACUUGCUAUGCUUGAUCUCAUUCAAGUUCUUGUUGAAACACUGGACAAAUGCUUCAGCAAUGUGUGUGAACUUGACAUUGUGUUCAACUACAGCAAGAUGCACGCAGUGUUAGAUGAGAUUGUGUUUGGGGGACAGGUACUGGAAACUAGUUCAGCCGAAGUCAUGAAAGCUGUUGAAGAAAUAUCAAAAUUAGAAGCAGCCUCAAAUUCAAUUUCACUUGUCCCUAAGUCUGUUUCCGGCUGGCGUGGCCGAUAGCUUCAAAACCAUGCUCAACUGUUACUGAAAACCAAAGUCACACUAAACAUGUAACAAAGGUUUUCUUAUUCAUGUCUUGAUCCAAAUUCAUGUUUUGUUUAGUGAGCGUCAAAUGUUGCGUGAAUGGGCUCAAUGGUCUAAACGUGGGCCUAAGAAUUGUGACUGGGGGAAGCUGUUUGAGAAUGUAACGAAAACGACGAGGAAUUAAAGAACUAUUAAAACGUUAAACAAAAGUUCAAAUUCA